AUGGACACAAAACAAGGAGAUCUGGUGCCAAUCUCAGAAGAAGAAGUUCUGGUGCUAAGCGCAUUGAAAGAGACAGGGUUGCCAUCUGAUUUCUUUUGGAGUGAUAAUUGGCUGCGUGUACUCUUGGGAAAGACAAAUGCAACUAUGGAGUUGAGAAGCAGAAUUGAACAGUUUCAGGAGAGUAUUCGAAUGCGAGAGUUUCCACAGUCUCUCAUUGAUAUAACAGCCUUUUGCAAUGAUAUGGACCGACAGAGUUGGCAUUCACAUGAUGCUACUAUCGAUGUGCUUUGGGACAAAUAUCUUGCAGAUGUGAAACAGUGCAACAAUCAACUAAACACUGAUGUAAUGGUAAAGCCAUCUGGCCCCUAUGGAGCAAUUUUAUAUACUCAAUGGCACUAUCCCACGUUCACGACCAAGAAGACCAACCUCUAUUGUGGCCAUGUCAUGGAUCCAAGUAAUCCCAGUUUGCUCCAACAAUUCCUAAAACUUGGAUGUCCACCGACUGUACUAUCAUCAGACAUGCUCCCAAUUAGAUCCGACUCAUGCAACCCUAGCUGGACAAAAAUCCACAACUGGGAUCAAAUCUCUCGGCUAAGUAAAGCAUUUAAUUAUGCCUUAAUGAGAAGAUCACCCAUUGUUUUACUUGUUGGUCAAGCCGCUUUCGACACAUUUGAUGAGUAUUUACGUCAAGACCAAAGCCUUCAUCUCACUAAGGUUCGAAUUUUUAUGCCUCGGACGCUCGGCAGACAACCCUUUUUCUAUGCAGUGUCGGAGAAAAAGUCAUCUGAGAUCCAGCAACUGGUCUUUUUCGUUCAACAUGGCAGCCACUUUGUAUAUGGGGCUUCUAUUAAGGCAGGACUCUACGCCGACUUGCGAACAGAUCACUUCACUAGGAUGGCACUUCCAAAUAACUCAUCUCUAGAGAGCAAAAGAAAGAGGUACAAAGAGCUGGGCUAUCCUGGCCUCGUUAAGGCCCGACAAAAGCGAGUUGAGAAUUGUGAGGAAAGGAAAGCUGAAAAGGCCCGACAAAAUCAAGUUGAGAAUUGUGAGGAAAGGAAAGCUGAAAAGGCCCGACAAAAGCAAGUUAAGCUGGAAAGGAAAGCUGAAGAGGACCGACAAAUUGAGCUGGACCGACAAUGGAUAGCUGAGCUGGACCGACAAAAGCAAGCCGGGCUGGGUCCAAAGGCGCUAGCCGCGCUGAAUUUCGUCAAGGCCCGGAAAAAGCAAGAUGAGCUGGACAACCACAAUCUCCUCAAGGCCGGCGCAACCUUUCAGAUAAUAGCUACUCGUUCCAGGGACCUGGCACGUCUUUAUACCCUCUUCUUGUCCUAUGAGAUACAGCAUUUGCUUUCGAAGCCUGCGAGCUUUUACGUCGAGGAUAAUGUCAAGGCCAUAUUUCUGCACUAUAGAGAUUUUCAUCACUGGUCAUUAAAAUGGGAUGAUUUGUCUAGAUGGGUAAAGGUUUCUUACAUAAAGAGAAUCCAGAAUACCUAUCGCGAAUUCCAGGACUUCCAAGCUUUAACAGCAAAAUUCGAACAGCUGAAGACAAAACCUCGAUACAAUGUUCUUAAUAAAUACGCACUCUGGUCCGAUAGGGAUCACGAUUUGGAUCAGCUUUGCAAAACCGACAAUAUCGGCUGGGAACCUCAUCCAGCGGUAACGAUUUUCUGGCCUGGUUCUUUGAAACGCCUGAGGGAACAGUCGAAGACGGGUUCAAACACGAGCCGAUUAGCCAGUAACUCUUCAGAUGCCGGCUGCAAGCGAAAUAGAGAGUCCAGCGACAACGCAGCAGAAACAACACAGGCACAUGCUGCUGCAUUACCUCAGCCGCCGGCAAAACGCACCAAGAUCGCGAUAUCCGAUUUAAUCCAUCCAAUUGACCUCUCUUAA